AGGUAUUUCCCCACGUGUCGGCGGUGAAAGCAGGCAGAGUUUUGGUCGACGGAUAUUUUAGCGAUUGAAUCCUAUCCACCUGUAACCAUAUACUCGAUGCUAUGACCCCUGCACUCUGGUCAGUAAUCAUUCUUCACCCGGCGAUGAAUCUUACAGGGAGUGGCUGCGAAGGAAAUGUGUGGUAGUACUUGAAUAAAUAGAUAAGCCGGCAAAUGGUGAGGGAGCGGGAAUCGAGACAGCAGGAGACAGCCCCGCGCAGCUCCACACCUCAGUCUGCUGGCAACUUUCGGUGGGGGAGGACACGCGCCUCCACUACAUGCUGCUACCCGCCACUAGCUUCAGAAGGGGGAAGUUUUGCUAUGGAUUCCUCGUGUUGACGGUCGACGCAGAGUGACCAGAACACGACAGGCUGACCGCAGGAACACAGUGACCGUCCCAGCACUCAGCGCCGCCAGCCUCCCCUCACGGCCAGAGCACCGCGGCAGAGGUGGACCCAAGAUUACUUCAAAGCCCAGACCUGAAAACAAACACCCACUCCCAACACUUCCAAACCCAGACCUAAAAACAUACACUCCCUCGCUGUCCAUCCAAACCCAGCCAUAGAAACAAACACCCCGUCCUAGUCCUCCGGUCCUGCCAGAGCACCGCGUCUGAGCUGGCCCCAAGAUUACUUUCAAGCCCAGACAUAAAAACAAACACUCCCUCACUAUCCUCCUCCCAAGAUGGCGGAUAUAGACGUGAAUGAUCCGGAGCUGAAGUACCUGGUGGUGUCCCGGGAUACCUUCGAGGACCCGGCGUCGCAGGCGGAGUGGACGCAGAAGCGGCUGGUGUGGAUCCCGCACGCCGAACAUGGCUUCGUGGCGGCCGGCAUCAAGGGCGAGGUGGGCGACGAGGUGGAGGUGGAGAUCGCGGACACGGGCAAGCGGGUACGAGUGGCCAAGGAUGACAUUCAGAAGAUGAACCCGCCGAAGUUCAACAAGGUGGAGGACAUGGCUGAACUGACCUGCCUGAACGAAGCCUCUGUCCUGCACAACCUCAAGGAGAGAUAUUACUCCGGCCUCAUCUACACCUACUCCGGCCUCUUCUGUGUGGUGGUCAACCCGUACCGCCGGCUGCCCAUCUACACGGAGAAGGUGAUUGACAUGUACAAAGGCAAGAAGCGACACGAGAUGCCGCCCCACGUCUUCGCCAUCACAGACUGCGCCUACAGGUCCAUGCUUCAAGAUCGUGAGGACCAGAGCAUCCUGUGUACGGGAGAGUCCGGCGCCGGCAAGACCGAGAACACGAAGAAGGUCAUCCAGUACCUCGCCUACGUGGCCGCCUCCAAGUCCAAGGGCGGAGCAUCGGGGGAGGACCCCCUUCAACAACAACCACAACAACAACAACAACACAUAGGCAACGUCUUCAAAUCC